UGGAGCCACCGGCAACAUCAAAGGGAAGCACUCAGCCGAGCACCGGCCCUCCUCGCGCGCCCGGGUCCUCAGGUCGGGGGUCUGCAGAGUCCUGAACCUUUUCUCAAAGUUUGAUUUCUCUCGCCGAAGGAGCCGUUCUCCUCAGAGCAGCUUCAUGAGCUUCUGAUCCCAGGAGAUGAAGAUGAAGAUGAAGAGCCGACUGAGUCUGGCGGCCCUCCUGCUGCUGUCCUCCUGCUGGGCCCAGGACCAAGUCGACCCGCCGACAGAUUUGAGGUUUAAGAUUUUAAAUGAGAACACGGUGCAGAUGCUCUGGAGCGAGCCGCCGUCCAGGAUCCAGGGCUACAGGAUACGAGUGACCUCAGACACAGAUGAACCAACGAAAGAAUUUACUCUGCCUGCAUCUGCGACUAAGAGCUCCAUCUCAGACCUGACUCCAGAUGUGGAUUAUGUCGUAACGAUAUCUUCAUACGCCGGGUCAGAGGAGAGUCGGCCCGUCUCCGGCCAGCUCACCCUCGAGUCGAGCGUGGACACGAGAGGAUCGUCCAGGAGACCAGAGGCUACCGAUCCCGUCAAAUGCUCUCCCGGCGCCGUGGCCGACGUGGUGUUCCUGGUGGACGGCUCCUGGAGCGUCGGCCGGUCCAACUUCAAAUACAUCCGCAGCUUCAUCUCGACGGCGGCCGGCGCCUUUCACAUCGGGGCGGACCGGACCCGGGUGGGCGUGGUCCAGUUCAGCGGCGACGCCCGGACGGAGUUCCCCCUCAAGCGGCAUCUGAGCCGCCCGGAGCUGCUCGCCGCCGUCGGCUCGCUGGCGUACAAAGGCGGAGACAGCAGGACGGGCGACGCUCUCGACUUCAUCCUGAGGAACGGCUUCACCGAGGAGGCCGGCGCCCGGAGGGACUUCCCCAAAGUGCUGCUGGUCGUCACGGACGGCAAGUCCGAGGAUCCGGUGGAGCGACACGCCGAGCAGCUCCGGAGCGCCGGGGUGGAGGUCUUUGUCCUCGGCGUCCAGCAGGCGGACGCAGAGGAGAUGAGGCUGAUGGCGUCCGCGCCGCACCGCGCUCACGUCUUCAACGUCGCCAACUUCAACCAGAUCCGGACCGUGCAGAAGGAGCUCGUCGCUCGGCUGUGCGCCGCCGCCGCCGAGCAGCUCUCCGCGCCCGUCGGCGGUGAAGAAGCGGUCGAGCCGGCCUCCCGCCUGCAGGCCCUGGAGGUGACCUCCAAGUCCAUGCGGCUGACCUGGGCCGCCCCGAUGGGAGAGCUCUCCAGAUACCAGCUGAAGAUGAUUCCCAUGAUGCCCGGCACCAAGCAGCAGGAGCUCUACGUGGGCCCGAGCCAGACCUCGGUGGUGGUCAAAUCCCUCUCUCCGGACACGGAGUACCAGAUCAGCCUGUUCGCCCUGAGCGGCCUGAUGGCCAGCGAGCCGGUCGCCAUCAUGCAGAAGACGGUGAAAGUCUCGAUGGAGUGCUCUCUCGGCGUGGACGUCCAAGCCGACGUCGUCCUCCUGGUCGACGGUUCCUACAGCAUCGGUUUGGCUAACUUCGCUAAAGUGAGAGCUUUCCUGGAGGUGCUGGUGACCACCUUCGACAUCGGGCAAGACAAGGUCCAGAUCAGCUUGGUCCAGUACAGCAGGGACCCCCACACAGAGUUCUACCUGAACACCCACCAGGACCUCAACGCCAUGGUCAAGGCCGUGAGGACGUUCCCGUACCGCGGCGGCUCCACCAACACCGGCAGGGCCAUGAACUACGUGAGGGAGAAGAUCUUCCAGACCUCCAGAGGGGCGCGGCCCAACGUUCCCCGCGUCAACAUCCUCCUCACCGACGGGAAGUCGUCCGACGCCUUCCAGGAGCCGGCCACCCGGCUGCGGAGCGCCGACGUGGAGAUCUUCGCCGUGGGCGUGAAGAACGCCGUGCGGACGGAGCUGGAGGCCAUCGCCAACGAGCCCGCGGACACCCACGUGUACACCGUGGAGGACUUCGAUGCCUUCCAGAGGAUCUCCAAAGAACUCACGCAGUCCAUCUGCCUGAGGAUCGAGCAGGAACACAGCGUCAUCAACCAGAGACGCCUGACCCAACCCAGGGAUCUGACCUUCUCAGAGGUCGACACCAGGAGCUUCCGGGCCACCUGGGAGAUCGACGCCGCUGACGUGGAGUCCUACCUGGUCAAGUUCAAGCCGGCGAACGAAGAGGACGACCACUACGUGUCCAUGUCUGUGCCCGGGGCCACGCUCGACACCGUGCUGCCACAUCUCGUCCCGCUCACCCGCUACGAGGUCAACGUCCACGCCCAGUACGACAAGGGGGACAGCUUGCCCGUGACCGGCUUCGAGACCACCACAGAAGAGCUGGGCCCCGUGUCCUUCCUGAGGGUCUCCGAGGAGACGCCGGGCAGCUUCAGGGUGACGUGGCAGCCGGCCCCGGGAGACGUCGCUCGCUACCGGUUGACCUACGACCCGGCCGGCCCCGAGAGCUCGAGCCUGGAGACGACCACCGCCGGCCCCGAGACCAGCGCCGUGCUGCAGGAGCUGAGGCCCGGAACUACCUACCGGGUCACCGUCGCGCCCGAGUACCGGUCCGGCCCCGGAGCGCCGAUGCAGACCUACGGCACCACCACAGAAGGUGAAGGUCCCCCUCGCGACCUGAGGGUCUUCGACGAGACGGCGUCCUCCAUGAAGGUCUCCUGGGAGCCGGCCCCGGGAACGGUGCUCCAGUACCGCGUGGCGUUCAAACCGUCCGCCGGCGGCCCCGCGAAGGAAGUGACGGUGAAGGGCGACAGCAGGACCGCCGCCCUGAAGAACCUGCAGCCGGGAACCCAGUACCACGUCUCCGUCAGCGCACGGUACCCCUCCGGCCCGGGCGACGCCCUGGAGGGGCAGGGCUCCACUCUCAAAGAGGCGGGGCCCCCCAGGAACCUGAUCACCGGCGGCGUGACCGACUCCAGCUUCUCGGCGACCUGGACGGCGGCGCCCGGCGACGUGAAGACGUACCGAGUCCGAUGGCGGUCGCCGGUCUCGGGUGAGACCGGAGAGAAAACGGUGCCGGGGGACGUGACCCACGCCGUGCUGGACGGGCUCAGCCCGGAGACCCUGUACCGGGUCUCUGUGGUCGCCGCCUACCACCACCGGGACAGCGAGCCAAUCACGGGACAGGAAACCACUGACGCCUCUGUUGCCGGGCAGAAGUUGACGGUGUCUCACGAGACGGAGCGGACCAUGAGGGUCUCGUGGACGCCGCCGCCGGGCAGCGUGGCCCACUACCGGCUGAAGUACUCCCCCGUGGGCGGAGGGAAAGAAGUGACUCUGAAGAUCUCCGGGACGGCCACCUCCACCCUCAUGAGGCGCCUGCAGCCCACCACCACCUACACCAUCACCCUGCUCCCCGUCGACAGGCGCGGGGAAGGAAAAGCAAGGCAAGGAGUAGGAACCACACUGUCGCCCUUCAAGGCUCCCAGGAACCUCCUGACCUCGGAGCCCAGUCAGCACAGCUUCAGGGUCUCCUGGGACCCGGCGCCCGGGGAGGUGCGGGGCUACAAGGUGACCUUCAGCCCCGUCGGGGACCACAUCGACCUGGGGGAGCUGGUGCUGGGGCCCUACGACAACACCGUGGUCCUGGAGGAGCUCAGGGCGGAGACAAAGUACACCGUCGCCGUGUUCGGCAUGUUUGACGGAGGGGAGAGUUUGCCCCUGGCGGGCGAGGAGAAGACGACGACCGUCAACGACGGCCCCGAGCCGCCUUCUGAGGACCCCUUUGUUCCUCUGUGUACCCUCGCUCACUGCCCCCCCCCUGCAGGCCCUCAGUGUCAGACCUCGGCGAAGGCCGACCUGGUUCUGCUGGUCGACGGCUCCUGGAGCAUCGGACGCAUCAACUUCAAAACCAUCCGCAACUUCAUCGCCCGCAUGGUCAGUGUGUUCGACAUCGGCCCCGAGCGCGUGCAGAUCGGUCUGGCUCAGUACAGCGGAGACCCAAAGACCGAGUGGCACCUGAACUCCCACCCCACCAAGGCGUCUCUGCUGGACGCCAUCGCCAACCUGCCGUACAAAGGAGGCAACACCAUGACAGGGAUGGCCCUGAACUACAUCCUUCAGAACAACUUCAAGACCAACGUGGGGAUGCGACCCCAAGCUCGCAAGAUCGGCAUCCUGGUCACUGACGGGAAGUCUCAGGACGAGAUCGUCUCCACCUCGCAGAUGCUGAGAGAGAACGACAUCGAGCUGUACGCCAUCGGUGUGAAGAACGCCGACGAGGCCGAGCUGAGGUCCAUCGCCUCGGACCCCGACGACAUCCACAUGUACAACGUCAAGGACUUCAAGUUCAUGAUGGACAUCGUGGACGAGCUCACCGUCAACCUGUGCAACAGCGUCAAAGGCCCCGGAGAAGAGCUGGAGGCUCCCACCCACCUGCUGACCUCGGAGGUGACCCACCACUCCUUCAGGGCCACCUGGACGGCGCCCGGCGGCCCCGUGGACGAGUACCGCGUCACCUACGCCAUGACGGCCGGGGGACCCACCCGAGAGCUGCUGGUGGACGGCCCGGUGAACACGGCGGUGCUGCAGGGCCUGAGCCCGCGGACCCAGUACGUGGUGAACGUCUACUCCGUGGUCGCCGGGGAGAGCAGCGAGCCCCUGAAGGGCACCGAGACCACCUUGCCGCUGUCCGCCGUGACGCUCAUGGACGUCUCCGACGAGACCUCCAGCAGCAUGAAGAUGAGCUGGGGCGAGGUGGGCGGAGCCACCGGCUACAUGCUGCUCUACAGGCCCACCAACGCCACCGAGCCCCAGCUGGAGAACGAGGUGCGGGUGGGGGGGGGCGUGACGGAGGUGCAGCUGGAGCAGCUGCUCCCCGACACCAUGUACUCCGUCUCUGUGACCGCGCUCCACGGGGAAGCGGCCAGCGACCCUCUGGAGGGCAGAGGGGUCACCUUGCCCGUCCCCCCGGCUGGAGUCCUGAGGGUCUCUGACGUCACUCACAGCAGCAUGAGGCUCGACUGGGACGCCGCGCCCGGAGACGUCCUCAAGUACACCGUCUCCUACCGGCCAGAGGACGGGGAGCUGCAGCAGGUGGAGGUGGGCGGCGGCGCCACGGCGGUGGACCUGUCCGGCCUGCUCUCCCAGACGGAGUACUCCGUGGCCGUCACGCCGCUGUACGCCCGCGGGCCGGCGGCGCCGCUGCUCAGCACGGCCAGCACCGACGUGGUUCCGGCUCCCAAGGACCUGCAGUUCUCCGAGGUGGCCCAGACCUCCUUCAGGGCCAGCUGGCAGCACGGGGCCCCGGACGUGGCCAUGUACCGCAUCGGCUGGACCCGGAGGGGCUCCCAGGACCCCGAGUCCGCCAUCAUGAGCAGCGAGGAGACCUCCCACCUCCUGCAGAACCUGGACCCCGACACCGAGUACUCCGUCACCGUCACGGCCAUCUACCCCGACGAGUCGGAGAGCGAGGACCUGAUGGGCAGCGAGCGCACAUUGCUGAAGGCUCCAGACGCUCCGGCUCAGCCUCCUCGUAACUUGAGGGUGUUCAACGCCACCACCACCACGCUGGCGGUGAAGUGGGACUCCGCCCCCGGCACCGUCAACAGCUACAAGAUCUCCUACAGGCCGGCGGGCGGAGGAGAGCCGCUCACGACCCAAGUGGGGGGGAAGAAGACCAGCGUGGUUCUGCAGAAGCUGGAGCCCGACACCCGCUACUCGGUGUCCGUGGCCGCCGUGUUCCCCACCGGGGUCAGCAGAGACCUCAACGGAGAGGGCCAGACCAAGCCGCUGGGCGGCGUGAGGAAGCUGCAGGUGCUGAACCCCACCAUGACCACGCUCAACGUGCGCUGGGAGCCGGCCGAGGGCCGAGUCAAGGAGUACAAGGUCCUCCACGCGCCCGCCGCCGGAGGAGCCCAGAGCAUGGAGACGGUGUCUGCAGGAACCACCAGCACCAUCCUGAGGGGCCUGAAGCCCAACACCCUGUACAGCGUCUCUCUGGUGCCGGUCUACGCCGGCGGGGACGGGAAGACCAUGUCUGAGAACGGAAAGACGAGGCCACUGGGCGGAGUGAAGAACCUGCGGGUCACCGACCCCACCAUGACCUCCCUGGCGGUGAAGUGGGACCCGGCCGACGGGGCCGUGCGGCUCUACAAGGUCUUCUUCGUGCCGGCCGCCGGCGGCCAGGAGGAGAUGGAGCAGGUCCCGAGCGGCACCACCAACAUCAUCCUCAGGAACCUGAUGCCCGACACGCCCUACACGGUGUCGGUGCUGCCGGUGUACCCGGCCCGGGAGGGGAAGCGCAGGGCGGAGACCGGGAAGACGUUGCCGCUGGGCGGAGUCGGCACCAUGAAGGUCACCAGCCCCACCUUCACCACGCUCACCGUCAACUGGGAUCCAGCCGACGGCAACGUGCAGGGCUACAAAGUGAUCUACGUUCCUGUGGACGGGGGGGCGGAGAUCGUGGAGCAAGUGUCUGAGAGCACCACCAGGACCGUCGUGGACGGUCUCCGACCGGACACCCGCUACACCGUCACCGUGGUGCCGGUCUACGCCGAGGGGGACGGGCCCAGUCUCACCGACACCGGCAGGACAAGGCCGCUGGGCGUGGUGAGGAACCUGCAGGUCAGCGACCCCACCACCAGCAGCCUGAGCAUCCGCUGGGAGCCGGCCGAGGGGAACGUCCAGGAGUACAGCGUGAGCUGGGCGCCCGCCGCCGGAGGAGAUCAGACCACGAACCGGAUCCCUGGAACCAGCACCUCCACCGUCCUGAAGAACCUGGAUCCCAACACCGAGUACACCGUCACCGUGGUGCCGGUGUACGAGGAGAUGGAGGGCGAGCGGCAGUCAGAGAACGGGAAGACGAGUCCUCUGGGCGGAGUGAGGAACCUGCAGGUCACCGACCCGUCCGCCAGCAGCCUGACGGCCCGCUGGGAGCCGGCGGUGGGCAACGUGCGCAGCUACAAGGUCGUUUACGGCGCCCAGCCGGGCGAUGAGCGGCUCACGGAGGAGGUGUCAGGAGGAACCAGCAGCCUCAUCCUGAGGAGCCUGGAGCCAGACACCCUGUACAGCGUGGCCGUGGUGCCCGUGUACCCCGACGUGGAGGGCAUCCGGCAGGAGGAGACGGGGAAGACCAAGCCUCUGGGCGGCGUGAAGAACCUGCAGGUCACCGACCCCUCCACCAACUCGCUCCGGGUCCGCUGGGAGCCGGCCGAGGGCGACGUCCGGCAGUACCGGAUCCUCUACGCCCCCGUGGGGGGCGGAGCCGAGAGCACGACUCAGGUGUCCGGGAUGUCCACCAACGCCGUGCUGAGAGAGCUGCGGCCCGACACCCAGUACACCGUGACCCUGGUGCCCGUGUACGCCGAGCUGGAGGGCCGGCGCAGCUCGGAGGACGGGAAGACCAAGGCUCUGGGCGGCGUGAAGAACCUGGAGGUCAGCGACCCCUCCACCAGCUCACUCAGGGUGCGCUGGGAGCCGGCCGAGGGAAACGUCCGCCAGUACCGCCUCUUCUACGUCCCGACAGCAGGGGGCGCCGAGGACAUGGAGCAGGUGUCGGGCGGCUCCACCAGCAGCGUCCUGAGGAGCCUGCUGUCGGACACGGCCUACACCGUGACCGUGGUGCCGGUGUACCCCGAGGGAGAAGGCCAGCGGCAGUCUGACCACGGAAAGACACUCCCGCGGACGCCGCCCAGGAGCAUCCAGGUGUACAACCCCAGCACCAACGGCCUGAACGUGCGCUGGGAGCCGGCCUCGGGCCGGGUGCAGCAGUACCGGGUGGCGUACUCGUCUCUGGGCAGAGCCAGCCCCACCGAGUCGAUCCUGGUUCCCGCUAACGUCCACAACGCCUUCCUGGACAACCUGGUCCCAGACACUCCGUACUCGGUCAGCGUGUCGGCUCUGUACGCCGACGAAGAGACGCCGCCGGUCAGGGACAGCGGCAGGACGCUGCCGCGCGCCGGCCCCCGGAACAUGCGCGUGUUCGACGCCACCACCAGCACCCUGACCAUCGGCUGGGACCACGCCGAGGGGCCCGUGAGGCAGUACCGGGUCACCUACGCCCCCCUGACCGGGGACCCCAUCACCCAGUUCACGGUGGUUCCAGGAAACAGAAACAACGCCAUGCUGCAGAGCCUGCUGCCCGACACCCCGUACAACAUCACGGUGGAGGCCGUCUACGCCGAGGGGCCCGGGGGGGUCCUCAACGGAAACGGGCGCACAGUGGGGAUGCUGAGCCCCAGGAACCUCCGAGUCUCAGACGAGUGGUACACCAGGUUCAGGGUGGCCUGGGACCCGGUGGCUGCUCCGGUCCAGGGGUACCGGCUGGUCUACGCUCCUGCAGGCACCAACCAGCUCAUGGACUUCUUCGUGGGCGACGUGACCUCGUACACGCUGCACAACCUGCUGCCCGGAACCACCUACGACCUCCAGGUGGCGGCCCAGUACGGAGGAGGCCUGAGCGCGGCGCUGGCCGGGGACGGCACCACGCUGUACCUGAAUGUGACCAACAUCGAGACGUACGGCGCCGACCACGACAAGUUCUGCAUCAAGUGGACCUCUCACAGGGCGGCCACGUCCUACCGCAUCAAGCUCCGCCCCCUGGACCCCUCCAGCCAGGGUCAGCAUGAGAUCACCAUCCCCGCCGGUCUUCCUCAGUACUGCUUCGACGGGCUGUCCCCGGACGCCCUGUACAACGCCACCGUCUUCGUCCAGACCCCCAACCUGGAGGGCCCGGGGGUCGGCGCCACGGAGAGGACGCUGGUGAAGCCAACUCCGGUUCCGACGCGGCCCCCGACCCCGUCCCCGCCCCCCACCGUCCCCCCGGCGUGGGCAAUCUGCAAAGGAGCCAAAGCCGACGUGGUGUUCCUCAUCGACGGCUCGUGGAGCAUCGGCGAGGACAGCUUCACCAAGGUCGUUCACUUCGUCGCCGACAUGAUCGCCGCCUUCGACGUGGUCGGACCCUCUGGGAUGCAGGUGUCCUUCGUGCAGCCAGUGCAGCGAGGCGACGUGUCUGUGAGCGUGUCUGUGAGCCGUGUAUCUGUGAGCCAUGUCGGCCUGACCAGUGUCUGCGUGGCCCUGAAGCACACCUUCGAGCAGGCCUUCUCCCUGGAGAGCGGCAUGAGGAGGAACGUCCCCAAGGUCGUGGUGACCAUCACCGACGGGCGCUCGCAGGACGAGGUCAAGACCAAGGCCGCCAAGCUGCAGCACGCAGGCUACAGCGUGUUCUCCAUCGGCGUGGCGGACGUGGACUUCGUGGAGCUGCAGGAGAUCGGCAGCAAGCCGAGCGAGCGCCACGUGUUCGUGGUGGACGACUUCGACGCCCUGGACACCAUCAGGGAGAACCUGGUGACCUUCAUCUGCGAGACCGCCACCUCCUCAUGUCCUCUGAUCUACCUGAAUGGAUUCACCUCCCCAGGCUUCCGGAUGCUGGAGGCCUUCAACCUGACGGAGCGGACCUUCGGGUCCCUGAGGGGCGUGUCCAUGGAGCCGGGCUCCUUCAACAGCUUCCCGGCCUACCGGCUGCACCGGGACGCCUUCCUCACCCAGCCCACCGCCGAGCUCCACCCUGAUGGUCUUCCUCACUCCUUCACCAUCAUCCUGAUGAUCCGCCUGCUGCCCGACUCGCCGGCCGAGGCCUUCGACGUCUGGCAGGUGUCCAACAAAGACCACCAGCCUGAGGCCGGGGUCACCCUGGACCCCUCCAGCCAGACGCUGUCCUUCUACAACAGAGACGUGCGCGGCGAGGUCCAGAGGGUGACGUUCGGCAGCGAGCGCGUGAAGAGGGUCUUCCACGGGAGCUUCCACAAGCUCCACAUCCUGGUCUCGCCCACCUCCGUCAAACUCAACAUCGACUGCCAGGAGGAGGCCGAGGAGGAGAUCCAGGAGGCCGGAGGAACGUCCAACGACGGGUACCAGGUCCUGGGGAAGAUGUCCAAGAACACCGGGUCCAGAGGAGGAUCAGCUACUUUCCAGCUCCAGAUGUUCGACAUCGUGUGCAGUCUGGGCUGGACCAGCAGGGACCGCUGCUGUGACCUGCCCUCCAUGAGAGACGAGCUGAAGUGUCCGUCUCUCCCCAACUCCUGCAGCUGCACGUCGGCGGGCACGGGGCCGCCGGGGCCUCAGGGGCCGGUGGGCGGCCCCGGCAGCAAAGGUCCCCGAGGUGAAAGAGGAGAGCCCGGCCCUGUGGGGCCGCUGGGACCACGUGGGGACAACGGACCGCCGGGGCCCAUGGGCCUGCCGGGCCCUCAGGGGCCCAGCGGCCUGUCCAUCCCAGGGGAAGCUGGUCGCCCCGGGCCGAAGGGAGAAUCCGGUGGUUCUGGUUUACCAGGACACAAGGGUUCUCCGGGUCCUCGCGGUUCUGCCGGCCCCAUCGGAGCAGCUGGUGUGCGGGGCCCUCAAGGGAAGCACGGGUCGUCGGGGCCCAGAGGCCCCACGGGGCCCAUGGGACCUCCAGGAUCUCCCGGAGCACCCGGCGGGACAGGGAAGACCGGGAACCUCGGAGACUCCGGUACCCCUGGCGGCCUGGGUCCGAAGGGGGACAAGGGGGAGAGGGGCGACUUCGCCCCUCAGAACAUGAUGCGCUCCAUCGCCCGCCAGGUGUGCGAGCAGCUGGUCCGCGCCCAAAUGUUUCGCGUGGACACGCUGCUGACCCAGAUCCCCAGCGCCGGGCAGCGCAGCAGCAGCCCGGGAGCGCCGGGGCUGCCGGGCGCCACGGGCAGGCUGGGGCCCCGCGGAGAGCCCGGCGCCGCCGGCAGGAACGGGUUCCCAGGAGGUCCAGGCUCACCAGGCCAGCUCGGAGAGAGAGGUCUGGCAGGAGAGAAAGGAGAGCGAGGGUCGUCGGUCGCCGGGCAGAAAGGACCGAGAGGAGCAGCCGGUCCACAAGGAGAAAGCAGGACCGGGCCCCCGGCGGCCCUCAGGGGCCCCCCCCAGCCAGCCGCCGCCCCUUGAGGCGCGGGGUCCACCCCCCAGCCGCCGGCCUCCUCCUCCUCCUCCCAGUGCGUGGGCAUCCCCUACAACGGGCCGGGAUACGGAGGUUCUCAGUAGACUUUCUUUAGAGCGCUCUUUAGAGCGGAUAACCGGCCCAAAGAAACAGCAUUAACACAAAGAGGAGGAGCAUGCAGCAAACAACAACAACAACAACAAACACAUACUAACAGCGAUGGAUCUGCAGCAGCAGCUUGAGCAGCACUCCUCUGUCGAUGAACUAAUUCCUUCCUGUAAAAGACGUGUCUUACAACUUGCUGCUUACUGAAUGCCAACAACAACAAACCCUUUAUUAAAAAUGAUUUUGUUUUUUUUCUUACUCUUUUGUAACUGUAACCGGUUUAAAAACGUCUCUGGACGUCUUCUGCACAUGUGACCCUCGACCUUUCAGACACGUAUUGCCUUUCCUCCCCGAACAGCUGUGUACACAAAAUAUGAACCGCGGCGAUCCUAAAAGAUGUAGAAAAGAUGUUUAACGUGUUGUAGAGAUGAGAGAUGAUGUUUAGGGAGGGGGCGUGGCCAACGCGAUGCCCCGCCCAUCGAGCUGGCAGUCGAUUGGCUGCAGUGAAUCAUCAGUCAAUCAAUAAUGAUCAUCAUAUUUAUGUCCUCAUGCCCUGCAGUAACGUCUUCUCCCUGAAGGGAAGUUCUUCUGGCAAAUUUAUCUGAAACUUUUUUAAAUUGUAUUUAAAAAUCCUUUAAAUCCAUAAAAAGUUAAGUAGACACGCCCCCAAUAAUGUAGUGGACACGCCCCCAAUAAUGUAGUGGACACGCCCCCAAUAACGCAGUGGACACGCCCCUAGUAGUGCAGUGUUCACAUCCCUAGUUACGCAGAGGUCACGCUCCUAGUCAUGCAGAGGACACGCCCCCAUGUAGCGCAGCUUUCACGCCCCGAGUAGUACAUUGGACACGCCCCCUGUAGUGCCGUAGACACCCCCCCAGUAGCUCAGUGACCACGCCCCCUGUAGUGCAGUGACCACGCCCUCAGUAGCUCCGUGGCCACGCCCCCAGUAGCUCCCUGGCCACGCCCCCUGCCCCCCCUCUGUGCAUGUGGAACUCGAGGUGAGACCUGGUGCUCACGGCGAUAUCUUCGAUCAGACCCAAACCCCGAAGCCGAUCCCGAGGAGGACCAGCUGACGUGACACCGGCGUGGGAAGAGGUCCGCCUCAAGACCGCCGCCGCCAUGAGGCCGCCUCCCUUCGAGGCCGCCUCCCUUAGCGGCGUCCAGGAGAGCCCUUGAGGCGUGUGAACGUGAGGAUGAGACCUGCCUGUAACAUAUUUGCUCAGUUUGUUGUAACGAAGCUCAAGAAGUCCGUUCAGUAUAAUAAAGUUAAAGUGCCUUCAUGUUGUAUCUCUAGAUCAUAUUCAUCACUUUACUCACGACCGGCUGCAUGUUUAUCGCUUCUUGUUCAUGCAGAUUGUCCACGGCCUUAUUUUCUUAUUUAUUUCUGAAAACAGAAGAGGCAUUUUUCAAUAAAACUACUGAAAAUUUAAA